CGCGCGCGGUACAGUAGGUGUAGUGUUUAUCUGUCAGCUGGUGAAGUCGAGCGGCUAGUGAUUCGGCGCUGAUUUCGUGAUUUUUGUGAGAUUUUGGAGCGGAAUUGAGUCGAGUUAAGUGUUGAGUGACAGAUGAGGAUGUCUACUUCAGAGCUGUGGGACUUUUCCGCUCUUUAAUUUCGUCUUGAGUGAGUUAGAGGAGUUUUUCUGGGAGAAGCGUCGCUGCUGCUGCUGCUGCUGCUGCUGUGGUGCUCAGCUGUAAAUGAGCUGCAGACAUGGAUGACUUGGGAGCUUCCUAUCUGGCCUUUAACGAUUUUAACAGCAAUGGCGGCUCGCUGUGGGCGGAGUCACUGGCCCAUCAGGAGCGUCAGGAGGUGGAGAGCUUCAGGAGGAAACUCAAAUACUUCUUCAUGAACCCCUGCGAGAAAUACCGAGCUCGCGGCAGGAAGCCAUGGAAGCUGAUGCUGCAGAUCAUCAAGAUCGCCAUCAUCACCAUCCAGCUGGUGUCGUUUGGCCUGAGCAAUCAGAUGGUGGUGACAUUUAAGGAGGAGAACCUGAUGACCUUCAAGCACCUGUUCCUGAAGGACUACGCCGAUCAAACCGCUAAAGCCUACGCCGUGUACACUCAACACGAGGUCUACACACACCUGUCCUACAUCGUACAGCAGUUCCUGAGUUUACAGAACAUUACGGUGGGGAACCACGCAUACGAGAAGAACGAUCAUCUCUACACUCCUCUACUCAUCUGCCAGCAGUUCUACCACAACGGCAGCAUCUCCCCGGGCAACGAGACCUUCGAGAUCGACGCCAAGGUGGAGGAAGAGUGCCUCGAGAUUUAUCCUGCCCAGGCGUUAUCCACUGCGGAAGACACACACCUGUCCAACUUCACGCUGCAGUUCAAACGGUUGCUGGAGGUGAACGUGUACUUCACUCUGAAGGCCAUUAACCUGCAGACGGUGCAGCACCACGAGCUUCCUGACUGCUACGACUUCAGCAUCAUGAUCACCUUCGACAACCGCGCCCACAGCGGCCGGAUCAGAGUGGACCUGGACAACGAAGUGGACAUCAACGAGUGCCGAGACUGGAAAGUCACGGGAGCGUCUCCUAAGAACAUCUACUACACGGUGCUGUUCGACGUGGUGAUCAUUCUCACGUGUCUGGCGUCUCUGGUCCUCUGCACGCGCUCCGUGAGCACCGGAGUUCAGCUGCAGCUUGAGUACACCAGCUUCUUCCUGAAGCAUUAUGGGAAGCGAGUGUGUUGGUCUGACCGGAUGGAGUUUAUUAACGGCUGGUACAUCCUCAUCAUCAUUAGCGACGUCCUCACCAUCACCGGCUCGCUGCUCAAAAUCGCCAUCCAGCUCAAGGCUUUUACGAGUUAUGACAUCUGCAGCAUCCUCCUGGGCACCGGCACCAUGCUCGUGUGGAUCGGCGUGCUGCGCUACAUGGGCUACUUCAAGAAAUACAACAUCCUGAUCAUCACCCUGAGAGCGGCGUUCCCCAACGUGAUCCGUUUCUGCUGCUGCGCCGCCAUGAUCUACCUCGGCUACUGCUUCUGCGGCUGGAUCGUACUCGGACCCUACCACGAGAAGUUCCGUACCCUGAACACGGUGUCCGAGUGUCUGUUCUCCCUGAUUAACGGAGACGACAUGUUCGCCACCUUUAAGAACAUGCAGCAGAAGAGUUACCUGGUGUGGCUGUUCAGUCGUGGUUACCUGUACACCUUCGUCUCGCUCUUCAUCUACAUGGUGCUCAGCCUCUUCAUCACCCUAAUCACCGACACCUACGAGACCAUCAAGCAGCAGCAGUUGGACGGAAAUCCCGUGUCUGAGCUCCAGGCCUUUAUAUCCGAGUGUAAAGAUCAUCCGAACUCGGGCUGUUACCGUGUGGAGGACCGAUCCUCUCCCUGCCUCUUCUGCUGCACUCGGAGGCUCAGCGACCUGCACGAGAGACUGGAGUGUUAAACACGGGACGCUGAAGUCACACCGAAAAUAAUUCAUCAUUACGGUUUAAUCUACUUACAUCUAAACACAAAAAGGCUAUGAAGGAGCAUUGGCAGUGUUUCCCACUCGCUUUAUUUCUGUAGGUCAGACUGAACACCUUACAGCACUUGCACUUGCAGCUCACAGUUGGGAAUUUAUUCAGCGAUGCACAAAACUAUAAAUAAAUAUUUGUUACAUCAUAAUUUAAUUUUUUUUGCGGCCAUGCAGUCUGCUUUAUGCACUUGAUACUUGGUUUUUGAAUUUCCACCUGAAGAUUUCUUGCUAUAAAUAAAAUAAAAUGGUAGAUUUCUGAAAUCCUCAGUGUUCACUCUCUACCUGUGGAGGAAAAAAAUCUUUCUAGUAUCUUUAAAUGAAGCUGGAAACUAUUUUAAUGGCUUGACUGGUCAUUUGAGACACUUUCAGGGCAGAAAAUAAAUGCUGCUGUCCCAAUUUCCCAAAAAAAAUCCAAUAUAGCUGACUUUAAUCAGAACCACAGCACAUGUACGAACAUAACGUAAAAUACUGACUGCUGCGACUAACACAUUAAUAAAGCUUAUUAUUAAAAGGAACAUUAUUAAACGCCACAUAACCAGUCCACGGGAAAAAUAAUUCCACCCACUCUCAUGGAAAAAUCUCAUGUGAAAUGUGAAAAUAAAAAGAUACAGUACACGUGGGAAAUCUAAUGUCUAAAAGCUGCAUGUGUAAAGUUCACGGAAAGUCUGUGACUUUUCUUUAAAAGUGCUGCAACAUGGAUUUCUCUCCUGAGGAGAAAAAUGGCAUAAAAUAUUGUUUCCUUAAUGAAAUAAAGAAAAGAUUUUCAUAACAA